UACCUACGCUCCAGUGAAGCAGUUCCUCCGUGUCGAUAAAGACAAGGUCCAGAUCUUCAACCCAGCAUUCUUUAAAUACAUCCACGACCACUGGACCCGACAUCACGGGCGCUACCCCUCCACUGGCAUGCUGGUGCUGUUCUUUGCCCUUCACGUCUGUGACGAGGUGAAUGUGUUUGGCUUCGGGGCCGACAGCCGCGGGAACUGGCACCACUACUGGGAGCAGAACCGCUACUCGGGAGAGUUCAGGAAGACGGGCGUCCACGAUGCCGACUACGAAGCCCAGAUAAUUCAGCAGCUGGCCAAGGCCGGAAAAAUCACUGUAUUCCCUGGGAAAUAACCAGCAAAUCACGCAGCAUGAAUCUUAGGUUUCAUGUUAGGAAACAAACACUUAGAAUGUGUUAGAUAUUCUCACUUUCACUUUGCUCUUUCAGUUCUGGUUUGCAGAUGAUGUUGAUCAAAUCCAAACUGAAGGCAAGACGAAGUGUCAAAGUGAACUGGUACAAGUUCGCCAGUCUUGGUUCUGAUCGGAGAACGUGGUGAAGCUUCUUAGGAUCCAGGAACAGGGAUUCAUGUAGAUCCGUUUGUAGUUGUGCUCUCUGACACUAGAGUGAGUGUGGAGCCUUAAAUUUGACUGUGAGGUAACUGGCUCAACAUUAACAGCCAGCGUGAGGAGUGAAAGACAAGACCACCGAUCUCUCUCCCAGGGCAGCUUCACCACCUACACCGACUUUUGACUGUGUACAGUGCCGAGACAGCCGGAGAGGGACAGGUCUCACAGAUAAAUGUCCCACCUCUGGACUGAAACCAGUGGAAUUAGUCAUCAAUU